AUGCAAUAAUUAGUUCGAAAAUACAUAUUAAAGAAACUAAAAUCAUUUAUUCCAGAUCUAAAUGAAGAUUAAAUAUCUAUAGCUUUAAGUCAAGGCUAUUUAUAAUUAGAUAAUAUGGAGUUGGCACCAAUUUAAGUUGAAAAUUUUAUGAUUACAGCAACUGUUUCUUGCUUUAUAUUAAAAUUAUAAUGGAGUUCCCUCCAUUUAAAGAUGGAAAUAUAGAAUGUGAAAGUGAUGAUAUAAUAUACUUAAAAUAUAAAAAAAGAGGAGAAAAGUGUUAAAAAUAAAAAAAGCAAAAAUAUUUCAAUUCCAAUAAGUUUGUCAUUAGAGGUGAAUGAAAUAGAAAUUAAUUUUGUCAAUAUUUUAAUGAUAAAGUUAGCAAAUUUAAAAUGUGAGAUGAAGAAAAGGUAAAACUAAUUAAAUGGAGAGUUAGGAGAGUUGAAUUUAAAAUUUAAUUACAAAGAAUCUAGUGUAGUAUAGAUAGAUGUAAGAUAAGUGAAAUGGGAUAUAUAUUUAAAUUAGGAGAUAGUAUAAUUAUUUUUAGAAUGUAUAUAUAUAUAAGAUGUUACAAAUUAGAAGAUGUAAAAGUUAGUUAAGUUGCGUAAGUUAGGUGUGAAUAUAUCUAAAAAUAUAUACAAUAAACCGUUGGUAAGGAUAUAAAUUGAAAAGGGAAAUUGUCAUUGGAAUGCAAAGGUGAUGCAUUAAGUGAUUUAUAGUGGGAUUGACUUUGCAUAGUAAUUCAUUAAGGUGAGUGUGAAAUAAUAGAUAAGAUAGACAGAUAUGGAUAAUCCUGAGAGUUUAGCAGUUUCUAUAGAAGUUAAGAAAAUAAAAUUACAUUGUUAAAACAAUUAUACUGUUUUGGGUUAGUUGUAGGGAACAGAUAUAAGAGUAUUCAUAAAAGUUAGUAAAUACAUUGGAGAUGUGAUUAUAGAAGGAAAAGAUUUGUGUUAUUUUGAAUAAUCAAAUUAUCCUCAUUAAAUGAUAGUCAAAAAAGGAUUUCGUAUGAUAAGGAGUGAGGAAUUAGUUAUAUUGAUUAAAGUAUAUGAUGAUUACUGUCCAUUAGAAAUGAUAAAAAAUGACCUAUAUAACUUUGUAGAGAUUAAAUUAAAAAAAGGAUAGAUUUAUUACAUACAAUAACCAUUCUUAAGAUUCAUGGAUUGGUUGAUUGAAUAAUUUAUUUCUCUAAUUAUUAAAGAUUAUGGGGUUACUUCAAUUCCAGAGGAUGUGAUUGAAUAGAAACUUAGAGACCAUAGAUUUACAUCUAUUAAGUUAGACAUUCAUGAUAUUUGGGCAUAUUUUAAACCUAUAGUAACUAGUGAUGAAGGAUUAAAAUUAGUGUGCACUUCUUUUGCUCUUCAUACAGAUAUCAGAGAAUCCUAUGAUCGUAGUAGUAUGAUGAUUUGGGAAACAUUAUUAUGUAUGCAAAUAAAAGACAUUCUCAUUAGUGCUAUUAGUGAUAAAGCAGAAACUGUAAUUUCGUAAAUGAUUAACUGCUCAUUAACAGUUAGUAAGUGUGGGUUCUCUUAGUUGUAUAUUCUUAAAUAGAUUCCACUUGAUCGUACUUUCAGGAUUGACAUGUAACUAUCUGUUCCGUAACUUUAAGUAUCCAAAUAAACUUAUUUACUAAUUAUGCGAUUAUUAUUUAAUAAUAUUCUAUAUGAUGAUACUCUUGAUUAGUUGUAUCUUUAUCAAAUCAGCAAACCUAGUAAUUAAUUAAAUUAAUGAAAGCCCCUAUUCUCCUAGAAUUAAGAUUAGAUCAAGUCAAUCUAAAAUGCGAAGAUGACUUGGCGCUAUUUGGAAAUCAAGUUCUCUUUCGUUUUCAUCGUUAGAUAGAUCAUUCCAAAAUAUUUGUUAAUCUUUAAGAUUUUGUAGCCUAUCAUAAAUAGCAUUUAAUCAUAUCUAAACUAAAUCCCGAUGAUUUAUAUUUUGCUGAAUAUAAUUAAACAAAUUAAUAAACUGGAUAAAAAGAUAUCUAAAUCUUAAUUCCAGGUGUUAAUGGAACUCUGAAUUUGAAUUGGCUAUUUACUGCUAUAAAUUUUUUCCUGAUUGACGACACAGUAUAAAUGAUACUUCCAUUUGAUAAUAAUGUUCUCAAACCUUUAAAUCUAGAACUAAUAAUUUAAUAAGCUGAUGUUCUUCUUUAGCCAUUACAUUAAGAUACAACAUUCCAAGCCAAAGGUAAUUUAUUAUUAGUGUUUAUAAAAAAUUAAUCUUAAGAUAUUCAUUAUGCUUAUCAUUAAGAACCUGUGUUUGAUGAUAACACUCCUAGUAGUUGUAUGAAGAUUGAAUCUAGUUAACUUACUCUUUAUGUUAAUGAAAGUGGCAAUGAACCAAAAGAAGUAUUUUAGCCUAUAUCAGUGUAAUGGAAAUCACAGAAUUUUUAAUGUUUUUGUACAUAGACUCAUCAAUUUCUGAAUGAAUCUAAUUUAAAUAUUGAGAAUCUAAAAUUGUAUCUCACCAUAGAAUAAGGACUCAAACUUAUAGAUUUAAUCAAAUAUCUAAUUUAAUCCAUGUGGGAUGCUAAUUAAUUUGGAGAUUAAUGGAAUGAAAGAUAUUCAAUUAUUUCUUAGAGUCGUAAAUCAUUUAACAUUGAUCAUCUUGAAUUUUGGUUGAUGAGUUCUAAAAAAGAUACUAUUGUCCCUAUUCUUACUACUUGUAUCUCUUCAACUCCACUUAUACUACAUUAAUCAUACUAAAAAAUGUUAAUCUCUGGAAAUAUCAGAGUUUAAGCUUCAUAUUUUAAUCCUAUGAUUGGUAUUCUUGAACCUAUUCUAGAAAAAUUCUCAUUCGACCUCAUGUUCUUAAGAAAUAAACUUACUACUCCAAAUAUGCAUUUAUAAAUUGAAACUAACAAAAAUAGUAAGUUCUCUUAACUAAAUAUUGUUUUUCAUUAAAAUCUCAUCCUUUUGUUAAAUGAUUUAUAUAAUGUAAAUAAAAAAAAGAAGGAACGAAAAAAAAGUUACAGAAAAUCAAUUAAUAUAUAAGAAAUCAUGGAAUCACCAUAAAAUGAAACCAUUAUUCUAUUCAACAUCUAAAAUUUAAGUGGAUAUGAUCUUAGUAUUACAAUUGAUGAAUAAACACUUUCCAUUAAAAAUGGUAAUAAAACAGAUUUUAAUGCAAAAUUAAGUUAGAUUGAUGUUUGGAGAAAAUAUAAUAGACUUAAUGUUGAAUUUUAAACUCUUAACAAAAAAUUAAUUAGACUUAAUAAAGUUGAAUAAAAUUCAUAAUAGGGAUUUAAAAUUGAUAGAUAAUAAUGUUUUCUAUAUUUUACCUCUCAUAUAAGCAAAUUAACAAGAAUUAUUAAAAUUUAAGGAUAAUUAUCAGUGUCAAAUUUUACCUUAUUUGAAUAGUAGAUUGAAAUUAUACAUCAUAAUAAUGUCAUAUGGAGUAAAUUGUUAUAAAUGAAUGAAAGAGUUGCACCUCCUGGAGAACUCAUCUCUGAUCAACAUUUUAUUAGAUUUGCACUCUCCAAAAGAAUUACAGAUUUUUCAGUUAGUUUAAAAGCUCUAUUGCAUUCUGAAUUUACCUAUUUAGAAAUUCCUCAAGGAAAUCAAUUUGUUAUUCUCAGUUGUGAAGAUGAAAUAUAAAAUACAAGGCAUCUAAAAUUAACAGCAUGUCUAGUUAUUCAUAAUUCUUUGCCCUGUCCUCUUAACAUUACAAUUAAGUAAUUCUAUUAAUUAUUCUAGUGAAGAACAAUAAAGUAUUGCUGUUAAUGAUUCAUUAUAGUUUUAUUACUAUACCUCAAAAAGUUCUAUUGAUUAUUCAAUCGAAUUAUUAUAAUUUCAAUCUAAAGAAGUUUUUAAAUAUUAACCACUAUAAUCAAAUCUUUAAACUGAAAUUUAAUUAUUUAAUGAAGAAGGUAAUACCAUUAGAAUUAUGUAAAAGAUUACAUUAAUAAAAGGAUCUUUGUUUUUUUAUUUCUAUCCUAAAAUAUGUCUAAUCAAUACAACAUCAGCAAACCUAAACUUUCAUACUUUAGUUAAUAAUAAAAAAUAAGAUAUAGCUCUAUUCAAUAACAAUUAUACAUUCUUAUUCAAUGAAGCCAAUUUAAUACUUUCUUGCAGCAAUUACUAUUCAAAUGAAUUCACCAUCAAAGCUAUUGGUGAUACAAGUGUUGAAAUUAAGGUGAAGAAAUAAUAAUAAUUUGAAUUACUUGAAUUUGGCAUUAAUAUCAGUCUAUUAGAAACUGUUAAAUAAUUAGGGUUAUAUAGUACAAUUAUUGAGAUUGCACCUAGAUAUGUUAUUAUAAACUAAACUGAAAAUGUUAUGUAAGUCUAGUAAUAAGAUUCAUAUGGAAGUCCAUUUAAUAUAGAUCCUAAUUCAAGAUUAGCAUUCAAUUGGGCUGAUUGCAGAAAAGAGUAUAUUCAAAUAUUAUAUUAGGAAAAUGAUAGCGAUAAAAUUUAAAAAUACAAAAUGGAGCGAAGGAUUAUAUUUAUCGGAUAUGAGAACCAUUCAUUUUAGUAUGCUUUCAAGGUAAGAUGAUAAACCAAAAACUUUUAUGUAAUGUGUAAUUGUUAAAAAGAAAGCUACAUUUUUUGUAACUUUUCUUACUGAACCAGCUCCUUAUAAAAUCAUUAAUUAAUGUCCUAAUUGCUCAAUUAGAUUUGCAUAAAUUGGUUCAGAAUAAGAGGAACAUAUUAGAUAUAAUUAAUUUAUAGAAUUUUCUUGGACUUUUCCAUCUUUAAAACCUAUUUUAAUAUUCAAUGUAACAAAUGAAUAAGAUCAUUGUGAAUUUUAAUUUGAUUUAUUUAAAUCUGAUUCUACAUUUUGUUAGAAAAUAAGUGCUUCAAAAAGUAUUCACUUUAGUAUUUAUUUUGAAAAUAGUGUGAAAGUGAUAAAAUUAAUGGAGAAUCAAGAAUAAUAGUUUAUAAGCGAUUAGAUUAAUAAAUUAAUUUAUAUCAAUUUAUAAAUGAUUACAAUAAGUAUAAUAAUGAAUGAAGUAAAACCAUAGGAAUUGAAUCUAAUAACAUUAAGUAAUUUUGAAGUUGGUAUAUAAGAAAUUAAUCGAAUAAUAUCAUAUUAAUUUAAAGUGAAAUUUAUAAAUAUCGAUAAUAAUUAUUCAUAUGAUUCACUAAAUUAAGUAUUAUUGACACCUUAACAAUUUUAAAGUUAUUUAGAGUAUUAAAACUAUGCAAUUGAUAUAAAAUGGGCAAUAAAUAAAUAACAUGCUAAUAUUUUAAUGAUAGAAUAUUUCUUUGCAUAUAUAGCACCAUUAGAAUUAAAAUUAGAUUAAGAAUAUUUAUAUUAAUUUAUGGCAUUAAAAAAAGCAUUAAACUUUGAAAAAUAGGAGAUCAAUGUUUAACAUUUUUAAACAUCAAAAUAUUUAUUUAGUUAGAAUAAAUCAUAUUCAACAACUUAAAAUCCUUUUUAUGAAUGGUUAAUUAUUGAAAUACCUCCUCCAUCAGGUAAUGUAUAUAUGAAACAAUUGAUUCUUCCAGUAUUAAAGAUUCGAUUUUCUUUUUAAACACUAUAUCAAUAGAAUUAAAAUUUUAUAUUAAAUGUGAUUGCAAAUUCUUUGGAUUUUGCAGUAAAAAAUAUAGAGAAUGCUCCAAUAACAUUAAAAGGAGUAAAGAUGGAAAAUAUAUUUGAUACAUAAUAGGGUUUAUAGACAAUAAUAAAAGAACAUUAUAAAUUUGCAUUAUUAAAAUAGUUCUUGUAAAUAUUAGGUUCAAUUGAGAUUCUUGGUAAUCCAACAUCAUUUUUGAAUAGAAUAUCAACAGGAGUAGUAGAUUUAAUAGAGAAACCAAUAGAAGCUAUGUCAUUGGGACCUUUAGAGUUGGGUUUGGGAGUAUUAGAGGGAGCAUCUUCUUUAAUAAAAAAUACAGUUGCAGGAGCAUUUUAUAGUGUAAAUAAAAUUACAGGGAGUAUAGGUAAUUAAAUAAGUUUAUUAUCAUUUGAUGAAGAUUAUAUAUCAUCUAGAAGAAAGUUUAUGUAAAGAAAGCCAUCAUAAAUAUUUGAAGGAAUAUAUUUAGGAAUAAAUGCAUUGAUAACAGGAAUAGGGGAUGGAAUAGUAGGAUUUUUUUCACAUCCUUAUUAACAUGGAAAAAGAGAUGGAGCAGCUGGUAUUUUGAAAGGAUCAACAAUAGGAAUUGCUGGAGUUAUAAUAAAACCUUUAACAAGUGUAUUUGAUGCAGCUUCUAAGACAGCAGAAGGAUUAACUAAUACAGCUACUUAUUUUGAUGAUCAUCCAAAUACAUUAAGAAUGAGAAAUAUUCGAGCAUUUUAUGAAAAUAGUAGAUAUAUAAAAGCUUAUAAUGAAGAUGAUUCCUUCUUUUUAAAUUAUUUAAGUAAUUAUAACAUUAUUUUAAUUGAUGUUUUUGGUUUGUAUGAUUUAGAAUUGAAAAAGGAUAUGCAUUUAGUAAUAACUUAAAACCUCUUGUUUUACAUGAAUAAAUAGAGUGGGAUAAAAUGGCAAUAGUAAGUAAAUUCUAUAAGAGACUAUAAAUUAUAUUAAGAUGAGAAUAAUCCUUCAAUACUUAGACUUUAUCUAUUUUUUGAAAAAGAACAAAUAUUAAAAUUAAAAUUUUAAAAGGUGCCAUAUUAAGAUUAAAUAAAUUAGAAACUUCAAAAUAUGAUAGAAUAAAGUUGA